GCUUUAAAUAUCUGAAGUUAUACGGCCCUUUUCAGUGUUACCAAGCGAAGCCAAAAGCUUAACACAAGCCAUGCUAACAUAUACCAGACAUUAACACUAGCUUGCAUCUGUAGACUGCAGUAUGAAGGGUGGGACUGACUUAUACUAACAUCUGACGUCUAACUGAAUGCCUGAUUCAAGUCAGCUGGAGGAGAAGCAGAUUUUAUCCGUACUGAACACACAAUUAUGAAGGAAUAAGCAGCACUAGCAUUUCACCUUUGUGGUUCUGAAUUGCAGAUAACCGCAUCAAGACAACAUGGGAGACUGGAGCUUCCUUGAAAAGUUGUUGGACCAAGUACAAGAGCAUUCAACACCAGUUGGUAAAGUGUGGCUUAUGGUGCUAUUUAUCUUUCGCCUCUUGAUCUUGAGUCUGGCAAUGGAAUCUGUAUGGGGAGAUGAGCAAUCCGAUUUCGUCUGCAACACUAAACAGCCUGGCUGCCCCAACGUCUGUUAUGACGAGGCCUUCCCCAUCUCCCAUGUCCGAUAUUGGGUACUACAGUUCCUCUUCGUCAGUACUCCCACUCUGCUUUAUCUUGGACAUGUGCUCUACCUAUCUCAGAAAGUGGAAAAACUGAGGCAGGUAGAGAAUGAACUAAGGUCUCUGGAGGGCAAAGUUCAGCAUGUGGAACAUGCUUUAGCUGCCCUAGAGAAGAAACGUCUCAAAUAUUGCAUUCAGGAGGAUGGGUGUGUAAAGAUUAAGGGAUCCUUAAUUUAUACCUAUGCAGCCAGCAUAAUUUUCAAAAGCAUUCUUGAAGCGGCUUUCCUGUUGGGUCAGUGGUACCUCUAUGGCUUUGUGAUGCCUCCAGUCUAUGAGUGCAAAAGGCAUCCAUGUAAACACACAGUAGACUGCUUUGUAUCCAGACCUAUGGAGAAAACAAUUUUUAUUAUUUUUAUGCUAGUGGUGUCUGUUCUUUCCCUGGCACUCAGUUUACUGGAGUUGGCUCUUCUACUUGGUCAAAGGAUUUUCCAGAGAAUAAAGGCAUGUUGCUCAAAAAGGUAUACUAAUGAAGUCAGUAUGUUCCCGGAUGCAACUAAUAAUCCACCAAGUGCUCCUACCCAGGAAAAACCCUGUCUGUACUUUCCAAUUGAAAAUGAUCACCCUCCAUGCCCAGCUUACAAAAUGACAAACGAGCAAAACUGGACCAAUUACAAUACUGAAAAGCAAUUGGCUUUGAGCGUUGAACUUCACAAAAGCUCUUUAUAUAUAUCUGAUCAAUCAAGCUGCUCCUCAUCCAAAAAACAAUAUGUUUAAAACAAACAUAUUGCCUCAGGGAACAACUCCACAACCUGCAAUAGCUGUGUA